CAGGUAAAAUACCUGGAAAAGCCAGUUUGCUUCUCAACUUAGCUGAAAUAUAUGGGCGGCAAAAUAGGAUAUAUAUGACAUAUAUAUGAGGACAUCCCACUUCGUGGCUGCCUCGACCUGUAAGAUUCACUGUCUCAAUGGAAUUGGCACCAGCCUGGGCCCCGGCAGUGGGUUUCACACUCCUGCCCCAUGCAGGAGGACUUUUAGGAAGCAAGAUAACCAAAAAGGAAAUCUCAGUGUGGUAUGAAUCUCUGCAGAAGCCAUCCUGGUGUCCACCUAACUGGGUGUUUGCUCCUGUUUGGGGAACUCUCUAUACAUCUAUGGGAUAUGGCUCCUACCUGGUAUGGAAGGAACUGGGGGGCUUCAAUGAAAAGUCAGUGGUUCCUCUGGGUCUGUACGCAGGGCAGCUGGCAUUAAACUGGGCAUGGACUCCAAUAUUUUUUGGAGCUCACAAGAUGGGAUGGGGGUUGGUGACUCUCCUGCUCACGACUGGUACAGCAGCAGCGACAACUGCUUCCUGGUAUAACAUCAACAAAACAGCAGCUUAUUUGAUGGCUCCUUAUUUAGCUUGGCUAACCAUGGCUUCUGCACUUAAUUACCGUAUCUGGAACGACAACCGCAACAAGAAGCAAUCUGAAUAAACUUUUUUUUCAGCCAAAAAGAUUUUUUUUCACAAGAAUUUUCUAAAUAAAGUUAUGGCCUUAUUUUAUUUGUAGCUGAACUACUUAUACCAGUAGUUUGCUAUUACAAGUUAAUAAAACAGGACUUGCUUAAAACAAAUGUCUUUAGGCAAGUCACAAAGGGGUGUAUGCCUGAAUUUUACAGCAAACUAAAAGACAGUGCUGAUUGAAAAGUACUAAUUUCCUAUGCUAUAGAAUUACAUUUUGUAUGACAACAGCAUUUUAACUAUUACCAGAAACACACGUGAACUACAACUUCAUUAUGUUCAGAGGUAAAAAUCUGGCCAUAUAUUAACACAGCUUCCAGAAAACUGCUCCUAACAGUGACAGGCAUCCUUGUAGCCUGAAUCUUUCAUGUUUACCACUAGACAUGGCGCUUUAAUGCUAUGAUGUGUCCCACUACAGCUGCCAGAUAUUUAUCUUCUGGUCAUUGUAUUCUGGAAACGUUUAAGGCAACGUUUUUUUCACAAUUUGUGCCUUCCCACUUUGAAGCAUUGUACAAUCUAGCAUCAGCUAAAUGCAUUAAACUACAUGUAAACUUA